GCCGUAGUAGCGGCCUAUAGUCGUACGUGAUAUAUCUGACGAUAAUGACGAUGAUGACGACAGGAAGCAGCGGCAGCGGCAGCGGCAGGACGACCGGGGAGGGAGGGAGGCAGGACUUCCGGGGCGACGGGACACCCGCCACGCCUUGUCGCUGCUGCGCGGGAAAAGCAGCGCGAGAAUUCGGACGGGAAGGAAAACGAAACCAAAAAAAAGACAAAGCCACCAUUACCACCCCCCCUUCUCUCUCUCUCUCUCCUCUCUCUCUCCCCUGAGAUACGUGCGCCGCCGCCGUCCGCGAUUGGUGCGGGAGGAGGGGGAUGGGGGCUCUUUUGCCUUCUCUUCAUCUGACUGCCGGCGACGACCUAGCGAGGCCUCAACAUUUAGCGAGUUGGGCGCGAGGAGAGAGAGAGCGGGGAGGAAGAGGGGGGGGGUGUAUGGCGAGCGAGCGAGUUCGAAGGGAUGGGACGGGAUGGGACGGGAUGGGACGACGUGGGGAUAGGUGCGGUGUGCAGGCGGCCCAGGCACGCACGCAACGGGCGCAGCCAGGCACGCAACACCAGGUAGGUGGGUUUUUUUUUUUUUUUCCAGAGGCGCCGCUGGGAGGCGAAAAAAAAAAAAAAAGGGCGAAGACAGGCAGGCCAAGGCAAGGCAGGUUCGGCGCGGAUGCUAUCGCGCGGCCGACGCUGAUUGGGCGCGCACGCGACGCGCUGGUUUUCGGUCAAGGGCGAGAAACAGAGAGAGAGAGAGAGAGAGAGAGAGAGAGAGAGCGCCCGGGCAAUAAUGCGUCGUCGGUUGCGCACGCUGGCUGCCGUGCGCGGGCGGUCUUCCCCCCUUCGCCUGGCGCGCGAGGUGUCUGGCGGCGAGGGGAGAGAUGGGAGGGGGGAGGGGGGUUGGGAGAGGCCUGCUGUCGUGCUGGUGGUGGUUUAGUAGGCACGUAGGUAGGCAGAUGUGGCGACGAGGGACGGCCUGGACGCAGCGCCGCUCGCUACGCAGAGGUCUGUCUGGCUGUCUGGCUGCUUCUUGCUUAGGUCGUCUUCGCGUACCGAGAGCGCAUACCUACACUCCUACCGUGGGCAGACG